UCAACUCUCCUCCUCGCAUCUCACCUCUCUCCUCGUCGCUCGCUUCUCAUUAUUCCUCUACAGCAGUGAUUCUCUCGUCUCGCCAAACAUACCCUGAUCGUGAUUGUGACUAUCCUCCAUCCAUCACCCGUCUCCAACGCGCGUCAUCCACCGUCAUCCCGACAACACUACAUCACAUCACACCACGCAACCAAACCCACCAUGGCGAACCGCCACAAGCCCGUCAAAUGGGAAUGCACCGAGCCUAAUUCCGAAAGCGACAAUGGCACUUCCACGGAUACCUAUAAUGAAGAGCGCACCGUGUAUCCUCCCGAACCGACGCUACCAGCCAUGGCGCUUCCUUCGACAGCAACGUUGAACGCUUUGUCGAUGCUUGAUAGACCAAGGCGCCCAUCACCGCCUCCCAAAGGAAGUCGGGUCAGAGAGCCAGAUUCACCCACCUUAUUGGCGAAGAAUUGGCCUUCAACAGCCACGUUGAAUGAGCUGUCUCGACUGGAUUCCCUACUCCCCCAAUCACUCUCGUCCCAGCAAGCUACACAAGCCCUGAUCGACCAUGUGACUGAUCGGAAUGCACCUGGAAAUUCCAAACAAGGGCCCAACUUUCCGCCUGUGAAUGACAAAUCCGCGAGUCCUAGCCACAAACAAAUCAAGGGAGCUGGGCAAACAGGAAGUGAUUGCAAGAAAUGAAAGAUGAUGACUGCUCAUGUUCUCACAAUC